AUGAGCAAGGCUGCUGCGCCUAUUUGGAAGGAGACCUUGGCCAAUUUCGAGCCCAAAGUGCCCGCGUGUCCGGAGGGUGUGAGCGAGCCAGCGUGGGUAGACCUAUUGUUCAGAAAGAAGUGCUCUAUUUGUAGCCGCAGUGCAGGCUAUAUGCGUGUCUAUUGGGAGCUGUAUCAAAGGUUCUGCACCAAAUGCGCAACCUCUGAGUUUUCGGUUGAGUGGGGCUCCCAUCACACGAUUUUACCUCGUACUCUUCUUGAUAUCGUUCCGACGUUUAGUACCUCUGGUACAUUGUCUCUCGCCUUCUCUUCCCUAGAAUGCGACUUACAGAGAGGAAAGCUUGCAAAUCAUGGCUCCACACCCGAGCCCUGCACAAUUUGCGAAAGGAAUAUUCUUCCGUUCCUGGGGAAGCCCAGAGAGAAUGGAUUCAACGUAAAUCAGAAGAGGACAAACGAAAAGGAGAGGUGGUUCGGUAUGGAGUGCGCUACCUGGUUGGAAAAGAUGGGUGAUCUGGCAUCUCUGGCCCAAACUGCCGAAAAACAGAAACGAAUGGAGCUGGUUCAUGCAAAGCUCAUUGAGCUGGGUUUGGCGGAAAAGGUUCGCUUGUUGGGUCCCGAGAGCUCGUUUUGGCAGGAACAAGUGCCGCGGGAGCUGUUGAAGAAAAAUAUCACUGACCGGGUUUGGGCUGGCGCUGAGGCGCGCGUUGUCGCCUUUGUCGAAAAGUUUUACACCCGUAGCCUCGAAGAGGAGGCGAAAGCUAAGGCCAAGGAUCUUGAGAGAAGGCAAAAAGAAGCUAUACAGAAGCGCAGUGAGCUGUUCCUCCAGGCAUACAAUAAUCUUGAAAAGUCUCUUCCCGUCAAUACUUUUGCCCUUUCCUCGGCCGACAUGUUCACCAUUCCCGAAGUCGUUGAUCUGAUUACACAGACCCCUAUCGACCAAGAGGUGACUGUGGCCGACUUCAAUGGCAUCAUGGAAGGACAUGCUGCCCUCUCGGAGUGGUGGAAGGCGCAGGCCACCCAGAAACUCCUGGACACCAUCAGAGACAAGGCCGCACAGGCGCUGGAAGUCACUCUGGAUGAAGUAACAGAAUCCGCUCUCGACCUUGCUUUUGCUUUAUUCCGUUGCAAUACUUGCUUCGGCGAUCGAUACAAUCUCUUGCCUCCUUUGCUCAGUCUCGAGGAUGCUCUAACCCACAGGUGCACUCUGGGCCUUUACAAAACCCCUCAAGUUGAUGACUCCCAGCUUGCGCAUUUUAUAGAGGCGGUAAAUCAUUACCCAUGGAUUAUCUUAGACCAGCUCAAAGUACGGGAUAAAGACUUCUCAAACACACUCAAAUUUCUCAAGGACACGGGCCGCGAUAUCAAGACCACCACCGCCAAAAUGUUGGACGAAGUGGACGAGAUUUUUGAAUGUCGAUCGUGUUGGAGGGGGGACUCCUACCUUGACGAAAAGGUUAUGCUGGACUGGCAUUUAGCGGUGAGUAACGAGUUCACAGAAGGUGUUUUGCUUCUCUGGCGUGAUUGCUAA